CUCUUCUUCCCCCAAGUCAUCACGUAUAAAAUAAUCAAAAAAUAUAUAUUUUUCGAAAACAUAAACCGCAUCAGUUAAAAAGGCAUCUGAUCAAAUUCCCAUUCAAAAUUUCUAGGGUUUCCAUCCAAUUCUCAUUCGAUCCAAUUCUCCCUUUGUUGAAUCUUUCUGUGAUAUAUACAUUCGUCUGUAGCGAUGGUGUUGUCGCAGAAGAUCCACGAAGCAUUCAAAGGGACGAUGGAGAGGAUCACAAGUCCUCGCACCGUUUCCGCGUUCAAAGAGAAAGGCGUUCUCAGCAUCAACGAGUUCAUAAUCGCCGGCGACAAUCUCGUCUCUAAAUGCCCUACUUGGUCCUGGGAGUCAGGAGAGCCAAGCAAAAGGAAGUCAUAUUUACCUGCUGAGAAACAAUUCUUGAUCACCAGGAAUGUUCCUUGCCUACGGAGAGCUGCAUCAGUAGAAGAAGAAUAUGAAGCUGCUGGAGGUGAAGUCCUACUUGAUAACGAGGAUAAUGAUGGCUGGCUGGCAACUCAUGGGAAACCAAAAGAAAACAAAAGCGAUGAGGAGGAACUUUUGCCUUCCAUGGAUACUUUAGAAGUCAGCAAGAAGAUUACUAUUCAGUCAAUUUCUUCAUACUUUGGCGGUGAGGAGGAAGACAUUCCAGACAUGGCAGGAUAUGAAGAAUCAGACAACCUUAUUGAAAUGGAUCCUGCAACACUUCAGUCUGGAUAUCUUGUGGCUCACGAGCCUGACGACGACGACAAUAUUUUACGAACUCGAACUUAUGAUGUCAGCAUCACGUACGAUAAAUAUUACCAAACUCCUCGUGUGUGGCUUACUGGAUACGAUGAGUCAAGGAUUCUUCUGCAACCAGAGCUUGUACUCGAAGAUGUUAGUCAAGACCAUGCACGCAAAACGGUGACCAUUGAAGACCACCCGCACUUGCCUGGCAAGCAUGCAUCUGUACACCCAUGCCGACAUGGGGCUGUGAUGAAGAAAAUCAUUGAUGUUCUAAUGUCACGAGGAGUUGAGCCAGAAGUUGACAAGUACCUUUUCUUAUUCUUGAAAUUUGUGGCUUCUGUGAUUCCAACUAUUGAAUAUGAUUACACUAUGGACUUCGAUCUUGGUAGCUCCAGCACUUGAUUUAAAGUAUUUUGAUGAUUCUGGAAUCGCGAGUCUACCCUUUAUGCAAGCGGCAUUUAUGAAGUGUUGCUGAAGCAGUUGGUUCUGGUGUAUUUAUCUCUUCAUCUUGCUGCAUUCAUCUAUGCUGCAACAACCCCCCACCCCCACACAC